GGAAGAGCCGAGAGAGAAAGAGAGAGAGAGAGAGAGAGAGAGAGAGAGAGAGGAAGAAAACUGGAAGUUGAGCAGCUACGGAGGAGAAGAGGAUCAAGGCACGAGUGUGAUGCGAAGAUGUCCACAACCCUUGCGGUUCCCACAAUGCAUACGCUGCAAAUUGGGACAAAUGGGGAGCGGUCCCGUACCCCGUCUCCGCCCAGUUCUCCCGGGCUCCACAGCGACAGCUGCAGCAUUGCGCCCCUCACCCCAUCUCAGUCGCCGAGGAGUGAGAUCCGGAGGCGAGAGGCGGCUCCCUUCGGCGUGGUGGUGGCCAUUGACUUCGGGACCACAUCCAGCGGCUACGCCUUCAGCUUCGUGAGCGAUCCAGAGACCCUGCACAUGAUGAGGAAAUGGGAAGGAGGAGACCCCGGAGUGGCCCACCAGAAGACCCCCACCAGCCUUCUCUUGACGCCGGAAGGCGCCUUCCACAGCUUUGGCUACACGGCCCGGGACUGUUACCACGAUCUGGACCCGGAGGAAGCCCGCGACUGGCUCUACUUUGAGAAGUUCAAAAUGAAGAUCCACAGUUCCCGAGAUUUGAGCAUGAAGACCGAACUGGGGGCCGUGAACGGGAAGAAGGUGCCAGCCUUGGAGGUCUUUGCCCACGCCCUCCGCUUCUUCAGGCAGCAGGCCGUGCAGGAGCUGAAGGACCAGUGCCCGGCCUUGCCGGUGGCCGAUGCCAUCCGGUGGGUGAUCACGGUGCCCGCCAUUUGGAAGCAGCCGGCCAAGCAGUUCAUGAGGGAAGCGGCCUAUUUGGCAGGGCUGGUGUCUUUGGAGAACCCGGAGCAGCUGCUGAUUGCUCUGGAGCCCGAGGCCGCCUCCAUCUACUGCCGGAAGCUUCGCCUCAACCAACUGAUCGACCUCAGCUACAGACCCCAGGCGAACGGGCGACCCUCCGACCGGCCCAUCGACUCCAGCUUCAGGCAGGCCCGGGAGCAGCUCCGACGGUCCAGGCACAGCCGGACUUUCCUGAUCGAGUCUGGGGUGGGCGAACUGUGGUCGGAAAUGCAGACAGGGGACCGCUACAUCGUGGCCGACUGCGGAGGGGGCACGGUGGAUCUGACGGUCCAUCAGAUCGAGCAGCCGCAGGGCACCCUGAAGGAGCUCUACAAGGCGUCAGGAGGUCCCUACGGGGCUGUCGGGGUGGACCUGGCCUUUGAGAAGCUGCUCUGCCAGAUAUUUGGGGAAGACUUCAUCGCUACCUUCAAGGCCAAGCGCCCGGCGGCCUGGGUCGACCUGACCAUCGCUUUCGAGGCCCGGAAGCGGACGGCCGCCCCCCACCGGGCCAACCCGCUCAACAUCUCCCUCCCCUUCUCCUUCAUCGACUUCUACCGCAAGCACCGAGGGCAGAACGUGGAGACCGCCCUGAAGCGCAGCAGCAUGCACUUGGUGAAGUGGUCCUCUCAAGGGAUGCUGCGCAUGUCUCCAGAGGCCAUGAACGAUCUCUUCCAGCCCACCGUCAGCCAGAUCAUCCGGCAUAUUGACGACCUCAUGAAGAAGCCCGAAGUGAAAGGCAUCAAGUUCCUCUUCCUGGUGGGCGGGUUCGCCGAGUCGGCCAUUUUGCAGCACGCCGUCCAGUCCGCCUUCAGCAGCUCCUGCCGGGUCAUCAUCCCUCAGGACGUGGGCCUGACCAUCCUGAAAGGGGCGGUGCUCUUCGGCCUUGACCCCACCAUCGUCCGGGUGAGACGCUCACCCUUGACCUAUGGCGUGGGGGUCCUGAACAAGUUUGUGGAGGGGAAACACCCCAAGGAGAAGCUGAUGGUCAAGGACGGGAAGAACUGGUGCACCGACGUCUUUGAGAAGUUCGUCUCGGUGGACCAGUCUGUGGCCUUGGGCGAAGUGGUGCAGAGGAGCUACUGCCCAGCCCGGGUGGGUCAACGCAAGAUCAUCAUCAACAUCUACUGCUGCGCCACGGACGAGGCCGUCUACAUCACCGAUCCGGGGGUGAGGAAGUGUGGCACCAUCAGUCUAGAAUUGGAGGAACUGGACGAGUCCAACUCGCCCAAGAAAAGCCGGCGGGAGAUACGGGCCAGCAUGCAGUUUGGCGAUACGGAGAUCAAGGUGGCAGCCAUGGACGUGUGGACCUCCAAGACCGUGCGGGCGUCCAUCGACUUCCUCUCCAACUGAGGUCCAGAAGGAGGACGACUCUGGACUGGCGGAAGAGCCGAGAGAAUGUUUGCUUAAAAAAACGACAACAAAGGAACCCCAAACCCAGGUUUUCUUAUAGGGGUGUGUGCAUGAGGGUGUUUUAUACAUAGGCACAUAAAAUCCAUUGGUUUCUUCCACGAAGACCACCACAUCCCUGCUGCGUACCCCACGAGCUUUUUCACAAAGAGGGGGCUUAUACUGGGGAGAGGGUGGCGGGCAAGGGGAGACAGAAAGAGAUCCUUAAUGUUUGAAUAGGAACUGUUAUGGCUCCAAAGGUCUGGGGGCGCCUCACGUCUCGUGAAGGCAGAAUUCGAAGCUGUCGUUUCUCCAGGAAUGGACUAGAGCCGGGGUCUUCCAACUUGGCCUUUUGAUGACUUGUGGACUUCAACUGGCUGAGGAAUUCUGGGAGUUGAAGUCCACAAGUCAUCAAAGGGCCAAGUUGGAAGACCCCCUGGGCUGGAGGCCUCUCGGUUGGGAAGAGGGUCCAGUUGCCCAGGGCUGCCCCCACCCUAUUAUAAGCUGAGAAAAACUCAGAAGCAGCUGCUGGGAUGGCCCUUCUGGUGGUGGUGGUGGGGGGUCUGCCCACCUGGGAGGUCCUUGCUUGGAAGUUUGCCAACAAGAAGAGGCGGAAGUCCUAGCGGGAGGGAGGUCCAUGAGUUUUGGAGAAGGCCGGGAGAUGUUUUAUCAACCUUGCAACCUGAAGAUGUGUGGACUUCAACUCCCAGAAGCCAACUGAGGAAUUCUGAGCGUUGAAGUCCACCUGUCUAUCUUCAAGGUUGAGGAACAUCUCCCAACCUUCUCCAAAGCUCACGGACCUCACUUCUCCAAACGUUGGGGGGACAUUGGGGACGUAAGAGCAGGCGUGGGGUAGAGCCGGUUGGCGACGCCAUGCCCACCGCCCUGCUGAGGUGGACCCACUCUAAAGCAGAUGCCACUGAGGUACCCAACCUCAGCUGGACGUCCACCCCCAGCUCUCCCGCCUAGACGGGCAACCUGAACACCAGGAUUAGGACAGGGUGGGUUGGCCAAACACUUUGAGGCCAUCAACCCAUGAACGUCAUCUUCACCGUUGAGAUGACUGUCACGACACGUCCCAUCGUCGUGGCGUCUACGGGCCGCCAGCGGGCAGGGAGCUGCAGGAAGCCAAAUCCCACCCACGAAAAAAGCCCAAGAAAACCGUUCCAACUCAUGAAACUCACCAACUACUCGACGCAGGUUGUCGUCUUGGAGACGGAGUAAGCUACCCAAGGAUCGCGCGCCGCCUGCAUCAACGGCCCUCUUUCUAGGGAAGCUGGAAGGCCCAGCACUUGCGGUCUAUCUCUCCCUUCGGAGGAGCUAAUUCCUUAGGGCACGGAUCUUCCACCUUGGCAACUUGUGGACUUCAACUCCCAGAAUCCAUCAGUCUUAAAGUGGCCACGGUUGCAGAUGCCCUAGGGCAGUGUUUCUUGAGCGUGGGGACUUUAAGAGGGCUGGAC